AUGAGCUUAAUGUCAGAGAAGAGGAUGUAGUGUUUGAGGCCAUCCUCCGGUGGAUCGAGCACGAGCCUGCCACCCGAGAGGCCCACAUUUCAGUCCUAUUGGCCAAGAUUCGGAUGGCUCGUAUGGAUCCGGAAUACUUCAUGAAAAUCGUCAAAGCCAACGAUCUAGUGAAGGCCAAUGUGGCGUGCAGGCCAAUCAUCACUGAUGUACUGAAGGUCAUCUAUGAUCUUCAUGAUGAACGUCCACGAUCUGAUUUUGAGAACCCACUGAUCCGCCCGCGCUUGCCCUCUGACAUUUUGCUGGCUGUUGGUGGAUGGAACAUGCGCACGACAAACUGGAUUGAAGCCUAUGACACCCGGGCCGACCGCUGGGUGGAUAUAACACAGGGGCAGGAGACUCGCCAGUCCGGCCAUGGCAGUGUGUGUUUAAAUGGCUUCAUGUAUUGUUUUGGGGGUUAUGAUGGCCAUAAUUUCACCGAUGCUGUGCUCAGAUUUGACCCCGUCGCACGGACAUGGCAGCACAUGGCCCCUAUGCACUGGCGCCGCUGUUGUGUCAGUGUGGCCGUAAGUAACGGCUUCAUCUAUGUGAUGGGUGGCCGUUUAGACGUGUCGCCUCUGAAUAUCGUAGAGCGAUAUGACCCAAAUGCCAAUGAGUGGACCAUCAUCCAGCCCAUGAACGAGGAGCGACAGGAUGCCAGUGCCACCACCCUGAAUGGAAAGAUAUACAUUUGUGGGGGUAGCAAUGGAGCUCAGACCACUUCCACUGCGGAGUGCUAUGAUCCACUCACGGGCGAAUGGACCUUGAUCGUGGGCGGUACCAACGGGGCUCAUCCAGUGCGGACUAUGGAGGUCUAUGACCCUGCAAUUAACCAGUGGCACGCUGGGCCUCCCAUGAGACAACAAAGAAGCUAUUUCGGCAUCGCAGUGGUGGACGGCUUGCUGUUUGCGAUGGGAGGCUCCGAUGGCUUCAAAACCUAUAUAACAUGUGCCCUUGAGAGGUAA